AUGGUUGAUCAGGUCCAACAUCAUCCUAGAAUCGUUGAGAAGAUUGCAGGCCAACUGCAUCUUCGUUCCAGCCUUCAUUCGUAUAACCAGAGGUGCUCAUUUGGGAAUUACUCAAAUGCUGCAUUGCAAAAUCCGUUGAUGCCAACAUGGAGAGCUAAAAGUGAUGUGUAUAGUGUUGCAACAACAGUCUCUCCUGUCUUUGUUGCAGCUCCAGCUGAGAAGGGACAUUUCCUUAUUGACUUCCUCAUGGGUGGAGUUUCAGCUGCUGUGUCCAAAACUGCUGCUGCUCCCAUAGAACGUGUUAAACUCUUGAUACAGAAUCAGGAUGAGAUGAUCAAAGCUGGUAGACUUUCUGAGCCUUAUAAGGGUAUUGGUGAUUGUUUCAAGAGAACAAUGCAAGAAGAGGGAGUUGUUUCCUUGUGGAGAGGUAACACUGCAAAUGUCAUCCGUUAUUUCCCCACUCAGGCUUUAAACUUUGCAUUCAAGGACUAUUUCAAGAGACUUUUCAACUUCAAGAAAGAUAAGGAUGGUUAUUGGAAAUGGUUUGCCGGUAAUCUGGCCUCGGGUGGUGCGGCUGGUGCUUCGUCUCUUUUGUUUGUGUAUUCCCUUGACUAUGCCCGUACCCGUCUAGCUAAUGAUGCAAAGGCUGCGAAGAAGGGUGGAGAAAGGCAAUUCAACGGUCUUGUUGAUGUGUACAAGAAGACAUUGGCUUCUGAUGGUGUUGCUGGUCUUUACCGUGGUUUCAACAUCUCUUGUGUUGGAAUCAUUGUGUAUCGUGGUCUCUACUUUGGAAUGUAUGAUUCCCUCAAGCCAGUUCUCCUUGUUGGAUCUUUGCAGGAUAGCUUUUUCGCUAGCUUUGCACUUGGAUGGCUCAUCACCAAUGGUGCAGGUUUAGCAUCAUACCCAAUCGACACUGUUAGAAGAAGGAUGAUGAUGACAUCCGGGGAAGCUGUCAAAUAUAAGAGCUCCAUGGAUGCAUUUUCACAAAUCCUCAAGAACGAGGGUGCCAAGUCCUUGUUUAAGGGAGCUGGUGCUAACAUCCUCCGUGCUGUUGCUGGUGCUGGUGUGCUUGCUGGUUAUGACAAGUUGCAAGUGAUAGUGUUUGGAAAGAAGUAUGGAUCCGGUGGUGCUUAA